UUCUUCCUACCCAUCACACUUUGUGAUGACCACAUGCUCCGUUACUAUCACACUGGCUUGUACUACCCCGAGGAAGGUCGGUAUCACUUUGAGACAGUCGGGUAUGUGGAUGAUCAGGAGAUCGAUAUGUACAGCAGUGAAAGUCAUGUGGACAUUCCAAAGACAGCAUGGAUGGAGGAGAAUGAGGACGAUGAUUACUGGGAGAGGCAGACAUUUUUACGCAGAGGAUGGGAGAAAGUCUUUAGAGACAACUUAAUGAUCCUGGCCAGUCGGUUCAACUACACAAGAAGGUCCCACACUCUCCAGCUCAGCUAUGGCUGUGUAAUGCAUGAUGAUGAUGUCAGCAGUGGAUAUUAUCAGUAUGGCUUUGAUGGG